AUGGACGUCGAUGCCUAUAACAAACUUCGCGAGGAAUUCAUGCAGGUGUUUGAGAGAGAGGAGAAAGCCGAUCAGGUAUCAGCAUCUAGCGACGAGAAUGCUCUGCAACUCUCUUCGAUCAUGAACGAUGGCUGGGCUCGGGGCACAUUCUGGUACGUUCGUGCUAUGCAAAGCGUUACCGGCCUCUGGUCUGUAUUUUGCGACCGGAUUCAACCACCUACUGUCGUCAACACUGUGACAACGAUGAGUUUUACUUGGUGGCUCGUGUGCUAUGUCAACCCCUUGGGCUCGAUGCGACUUUUCUCGGGCCCUUGGGCGUCGCCCACGACAUCCGUGUUGGCUCAUGUCUACGGCAUGCAGAACUUGUACACCGGGUCCAUCCGCAUCUUUGCCGCCUACAACAUCGACACUCCUCCCCUGUACUACCUCGCCAUGUUGACGUAUGUCGGCACCAUCUUUCUCAACGCCACCGAGACAUUCAUCUGGAAGACGGCAAGGUUCGAGGAGACCAAGUUUGCUUUCCUACCUUCAUCGAUCGGCCUCGUUUGGCUUUUCACUCAAAAGAACUGGUACCUUUCUUGA